UUCACCUCCUUCAGGUUUAGAUGAACUUCUGAAAUGGAUGGUUCUGAAGCAAAUAGAAUCAGACCAGAAGCAUAAGGUGGAGGAGCAAAGAUGGCGGCAAGAUGAAGCUAAAAGGCGAGAGGAGGAGCAAAGGAGAUUUCAACAAGAGGUACGGGAGCACCGUGAGGAAAUGCUCAGGCUACAACAGAUGCAGCACAAGCAGCUUGCAGAAAUACUUCAAGCCUGGAAAGAGCAGAGUCCAAAACCUCAAGAGACUACAAGUCUUAAAGAUCUCCGUCUGACUAAAUUGACUGCUGAGGAUGAUAUUGAAUCCUAUAUCACCAUGUUUGAAAGAGUUGCCAAAACAUGCCUUUGGCCCAAAGACCAAUGGGUGGUACGCCUUGCUCCGUAUUUAACUGGCAAAGCACAAAAAGCAUACAGCAGUUUAAAUGCCAGAGAUGCUCAGGAUUAUGACUAUGUAAAAGAUGCCAUAUUUCACCGGUAUGAGCUAAAUGUUGAAACCUUCAGACAAAGAUUCAGAGCCUACAGGUACAGCAACUUUGAUGGUCCUCGUGAGGCAUAUGCCCAGCUGCAUGAACUGCUCUUAAAAUGGAUCCAGCCAGAAAGGAAAACUGGUGAGCAAAUCCUUGAAAUGAUUGCACUGGAGCAAUUUAUUGAAAUCCUACCUGAUAAAGUAAAGUUAUGGGUACAGGAGCAUCGUCCUGAAACAAGUACAAAAGCCAUUUCUCUAGCAGAGGACUUUUUGCUAGCCAGAAGGGAAGCUGAGCAAAGAAUUACUGUGCGAAACAAAACCCCUUCUGCAAAAAGAGCCGCAGCUCAGAGUAAAUCCUCAAGACCGUGGAGAUCCAAAAUGCCACAACUGUGGGAGAGUUGGACAUAUUGCGAGAUUUUGCCGUAA